AUGAAUGGAUGCAAAAUCGAAGAGCUCGGGAGUUUGAAUAGUCUCAAAGGAACACUGGAAAUUUCUAACCUUGAAAGGGUUGAAAACAAGGAAGAGGCUGAGCAAGCACGUCUAUCUAACAAGUCAAAAAUAUUUAAGUUGCGUUUGACAUGGAACAUGCAUAGAGAAGUUGAAACUACAAAUGAUGAGAAUGUGUUGGAAGGCCUCCAACCUGACUCUAAUAUGAAGAGGUUAGAGAUUGAAGGAUUCAAGGGAAAAAGAUUUCCAUCAUGGACUGGAAAUAUGGUAAUUGAAAAUGUGUCUCAAGGUUGUUGGGUACCACUUAACAAGUUGAUUGAGAUAAAACUCUCCAAUUGCUCAGAAUGUGAAGAAAUCCCAUUGUUUGGGCAGUUGCGAAAUCUCAAGUCUCUUUGGUUAGAAGGAUUGAAAAAUUUGAAGGAAAUAAAUUCUUCUUUCUAUGGAUUAGUGAAUGAGGAGACCCGUAUUAUUUUUCCAGCUCUAGAAAGGCUCGUGUUGGUUGAAAUGCCUAAGCUGACAGAGUGGGCAAAAGUAGAAUCUCCAAGCGCAAGUGAUGUCAAGGUGUUUCCUAACCUUCAACACUUGGAGAUCUCUAAGUACAAGCAAUUGAUGAGUUUUCCUAAUUAUUCGUGGUCAUGCCUCAAAAUUUAA